CGACGCCUUGGUGGUUAAGCGUUAUCUCCCGUUGAUCAGUACUUCAUUUUGAUUUGAGCAGUCGUCAUUUGCAUGUCGAGAACUUCUAAACGGAACUUCAGAAUGGCAGGAUUUACACAAAGACACCGGUGUCCAUCGGUUACCGGCUGCAUGUUUCUGCUUGGAAUGAUUGCCCUGCUUUGUGCAGAAACGAUAACAGCGCAAACAACCACAGGUACUAGUACGCCAGAACUAAGGACGGCAGAGAUGGUGACAAGCAGUAUGACCCAAACUAACGGAACUCCGACAAAUCAGGCAACUUCAACUCAAGUAUCUACAACCAAUGUAUCCUCACCGAAGGUAUCCACGACCACCGUAACCAACACCACUACCAUCACCACAGCAACAUCAUCAUCUACGACCAAUGCUACGAUGCCUGGAUCUACUCAAGAUGGGGGGAUUAUAACUUCAACGAAAAUCAAAGAAUCUUCUACCGAGAAAAUAGGAUCCAUAGCUAUCGCAGGCUUGUGUCUGGUCAUCGUUGCUCUACUUCUCAUUGCAGUUAACGGAUAUGUGCUCUUCAAAUCAAAAAUAGGCUCAUGCACAUCAUGCAGCUCAAAACAAGGUAUGUUCCACGUCCUACAAAUGUCUUCCACCAAGAAGGACCCUGUCAAUGACGACGACGUCGAGGAUAACUUCGACGAGGACGCUGACGUCGACAGGAAAACCAACUCGUCGACUUCGUUGAACAAAGAGAGCCCCUCCGACCAGCCGGCUGAGCAGAACGGUGAUGUGCACGUGAAGGUCGAUGUCGAGAACACCGCAGAAUCUUCUAAGAACGAAACCGAUGACGUAGAUGCCAAGACACCCGUAGCUGAUGUCGUUGACAAGAGCAACGAACCGGAAAACGAAGCCGAGAAGAGGAAUGAGACUGUAGUUACAGUCACCAUAGAGGGCGGUAAUGGAAACAAAAACGAGCCUUGA